CAAAAUACAGGAUCAGAACAUUUUCUUAUGUCCACCGGUAACUCUGGCUGUGGAGACAUGUCCGUCCCAAACCCAGUAACAGUUAGUUCUCUUAAUAGAGCAAACGAGAGAGUUCUACAUAUGUAUGCCGACAUAACUCCUCUCCCAACCACUGAACCUCCAACCAACCCCACAACUAUGGGCACAAUACCACCCUCCUCGACAGAUCCUCCCUUAGCUACAACAGAGACUGACAGUUUAACAGGCACAAUAGAAACUACUCUCUCAAAUGAGGUGCCACAAACAGACUCUCUCACAACUAGUACAGGAAAUGAUUCGAUCACCAUGGCCCCUUUGGCCCCAGCCGAGAAUACCGGAGUUGUAGCGGAUGUGAUGGUGCCAUUGCUAGUAAUAGUAAUCGUCCUGGCAGUGGUGACUUUGGUAGUUUUUGUUUUUCUGGUGAAAAGAGGAAGAUCCCGAAAGGAGAUAGCAAAGGUAAAUGUUGGUAGGAACACUACUGGAAUCAACAAUGAGAUGGUAAGAAGCCCCCACUCCAUCAGUCUAAAGUCCAACGAGGCUUACGGUGUUCACGGCGAAACUCAAGACUCUGCCACAGACUACUAUGAUAAUGUUCUUACGGAAUCGACUGCAGAGGGGCCCCUCUAUGAUAGUGUCACAGAAUCUGGAGAAGGACAAUUAUCAACAACUCCCACUCAACAACCCAAUGAUUUAAACCCUGAUGUGACUUAUGAGGUAGUACCAGGACCUACACAUUACAACGAUUCCUGUCAGCCGAUACCUUUGGAAAAUAAUGAAGCUUACAGUGUACACAAAUCUGGAAAUGAAAGAAGUAUAGAAAUGCCGGGUGAAACAUACUUUCAAGAAGUGGACCUCAAGUCCAACGAGGCGUAUGGUGUGAGAGGGGAGGUGCAAGUUGCUGCCAUUAAUGGGACCACUGAUGCAGUGUGCUAUAGAGUAAUUGACUUGCCUGGUCAUCAAUCUGGAGAAGCAACCAGUGGAACUGAAAUUCUAAUGGACAGUAAUGAGGCAUAUCAUACAUCUGAGAGAGAUAGACAAACUGAAGAAACACUUGAUUAUGAUUACGCUAUCCUGUAA